AUGUCCACCACGCUGUCGAGUGUCUCUGGAGUGUAUCCAGACGAUUCCGAGCAAGAGCAUGGACUGUUACCGGAUCUGAAUGGUGUCGAUCUGGUUAUGAGCUUGUCGCCCAAGGCGCCAAACCACCAUCACCACCAUCACCAUCACCAUCAUCUGACCAGCCUGCAGCAUCUGCAGAACCUGCAGCACAACUCGGCCCUCCACAGCCACUCGACACCGUUUAGCGUCACCGACAUACUAAGCCCGAUCGAGGAGUACCGCAAGCUGGAACUGACCGCGAAUCCACCUUCACCGUACAGCGGCGGCAGCAGCGUUAACUCACCGAGUGCCCUCGGGCCCAACACGACCACCGGAAGUACGACGACCGGCAGCAGUAGCAUGGCGAACCCGUACGCAAUGGGUCCACUGUACCACAGUCCCGGUGUCCAGAGUUACUGUGCGCCGACGGAUAACCUUUCGCUGGCGGGCCAUUACACCGACAUGCGCAAUUCGGCCGCCGCCGGUUGGUACGGUUCCACCGCCAGUGAUCCACGGUUUGCGAUAUCCCGAUUGAUGGGAGGCUCGGCCGGCGGUACGAUGGGUCACGCCAUGUCCAACAUGGGCAGCUUGGCAGCGUGCAGCGUAUCCGACACCAAACCGAUGCAGUUUCCACUCGCCCAACGACGAAAGCGACGGGUACUGUUCACGCAGGCUCAGGUGUACGAGCUGGAGCGAAGAUUUAAGCAGCAGAAAUACCUAUCCGCCCCAGAACGUGAACACCUAGCCAGCUUAAUACAUCUCACACCAACCCAGGUGAAGAUUUGGUUUCAAAAUCAUCGGUACAAGUGCAAACGGCAGGCAAAGGAGAAGGCGAUGGCGGAACAGAACCAACAUAAUCAGUCAGCCAGCUCACCACGACGUGUGGCCGUACCAGUACUAGUUAAAGAUGGCAAACCCUGUUCCGGCGGUUCGAACGCGGGCGCCAACAACACUAGCGGCAGCAGUGCGGCAGCUGCCGCUGCUGCUGCAGCCGCGGCCGCCGCCGUCCAGCAGCAACAGCAGCAGCAGCAGCAGCAGCAUCAGCAACACCAGCAACAGCAGCACGGUCAGCAUCCGUCCCAGCAUGGAGGGCAUCCAGCACAGCAUCAUCAGCAGCAGCACAGCGCGCACCAGCAACAGUCGGCCGUAGGCGGGAGCGGGUCGGGUGGUUCGGCCGGUGGGUCGGGCGGUGGUUCGGCCGGCAGUGGAACGAGCGGGCCCAGCUCGAACGGCAGCAGCAGCGCCAGCAAUGCGGGCAGCGGCGCGAGCAACGGCAGCGGUGGCCCAACCAGCACCGGCAGCAUCGUGCUGCUGAACGACACGAACGCACAUUCGCCGGAUACGGCCACGGCGGCCCUGCUCUCGUCGUACAAUGGUGCCGCCCAUCAACAUCAGAUGCUGCAGCAGCCGUGCAAUAAUGCGCUCAUGUCCAACAGUCUGGCGAUGGCGUACCGCAACCAGAACAACUUCAUGACGAACAGCCACCAGCAGCAGUGCGGCGGCUAUCUGCCACUGCAGACGCGCGCCUGGUAA